AUGGAAGAUUUUCUUAAAGAAGCUCCUAAAACAGCUGAUAAUGAUUCAGUUCGUCAAAAUGUUGUUAUACUUAUGGGUAAAUUAGCUAAAGAUAUGGAUAAAGAUAGUACAAAAGUGAAAAAUAUACUUGGGCAACUUAUAUCAACAUUAAAUACACCAUCACAACAAGUUCAAGCUGCUGUUGCUGAUUGUCUUCCACCAUUAGUACCAGCAAUAAAAGAUGAAGCUGGAGUUUAUAUACAACAAUUACUUCAUUUUUUACUUCAAUCAGAAGAUUAUGCCGAGAAAAAAGCUGCUUAUGGUUUAGCUGGUUUUAUCAAAGGUUUAGGUAUUCUUGCUGUUAAGCAAUAUAAUGUUCUCAAUGAAUUAACCGAUGCUAUUCAAGAUAAAACAAAUGCUAAACGACGAGAAGGUGCACUUUUUGGUUUGGAAAUGUUAACAUCAAUGUUAGGUCGACUUUUUGAAGUAUAUAUUGUUAAUAUAUUACCUCAUUUACUCUUAUGUUUUGGUGAUAAUGAUGUUAAAGUUCGAGAAGCUGCUGAAGAUUGCGCAAGAGCUAUUAUGAGCAAAUUAACAAGUCAUGGAGUUAAAAUUGUUUUACCAGGACUUUUGAAAGGUUUAGAAUCAGAUUUAUGGAGAACAAAAUGUGGAGCUGUUGAAUUACUUGGUGCAAUGGCACAUUGUGCUCCAAAACAAUUAUCAACAUGUUUACCAAGUAUUGUUCCAAAAUUAAUUGAAGUACUUACUGAUUCUCAUCAACGUGUACAAAAAAGUGGCACUCAAGCAUUAAAACAAAUAGGUUCUGUAAUAAAAAAUCCUGAAAUUCAAGCCAUUGUACCUGUUUUACUUGAUGCAUUACAAGAACCAACUAAAAAAACUCAAGCAUCACUUCAAAUAUUAAUUCAAACACGUUUUGUUCAUUUUAUCGAUGCUCCAUCUCUUGCAUUAAUCAUUCCUGUUAUUGAACGUGCUUUUCAAAAUCGUUCAACAGAAACAAGAAAAAUGGCUGCACAAAUUAUUGGAAAUAUUUAUUCAUUAACUGAUUCGAAAGAUCUUGGUCCAUAUUUACCAAAUAUUCUUCCCGGUUUAAAAACAAGUUUACUUGAUCCUGUUCCUGAAGUUCGUGCUGUAUCAGCACAUGCACUUGGUUCAAUGGUUCGUGCUAUGGGUGAAGAAGCAUUUCAAGAAAUAGUUCCAUGGCUUAUGGAACAUCUUGUACUUGAAUCAAGUCCAGUUGAUCGUUCAGGUGCUGCACAAGGUUUAAGUGAAGUUAUAUUUGGUCUUGGUGCUGAUCGUCUUGAAAAAUCUAUGAAAGAAAUUAUUGAACGUUCACAACAAAUUGAUUUAGCUGCACAUGUUCGAGAUGGUUAUAUGAUGAUGUUUAUUUAUUUACCAAUUAGUUUUGGAGAAAAAUUUGUUCCAUAUGUUGGAAGAAUAAUUCCGCCGAUUUUAAAAGGUUUAGCUGAUGAAACAGAAUUUGUUCGUGAUACAGCACUUAAAGCUGGUCAACGUAUUGUUAAUAGUUAUGCUGAAACAGCUAUAUCAUUAUUUGUACCUGAACUUGAACAAGGUCUUUUUGAUGAUAAUUGGCGUAUACGUUAUAGUUCUGUUUUAUUACUUGGAGAAUUAUUAUUUAAAGUAUCUGGUGUAACAGGAAAAGCAACAACAGAAAGUGUUGAUGAAGAUGAUAAUUUUGGUACGGAGCAUGGUUUACAAUCGAUAACACAUGCAUUAGGACGAGAUCGACGUGAUAGAGUUCUUUCAGGUUUAUAUAUGGGUCGAUCGGAUAUUGCAUUGACAGUACGACAAUCAGCUUUACAUGUAUGGAAAACAAUUAUAUCGAAUACACCACGUACAUUAAGAGAGAUUUUACAAACUUUAUUUACACUUUUAUUGGGUUGUUUGGCAAGUUCAAAUAUUGAUAAACGACAAAUUGCAGCAAGAACAUUGGGUGAUUUAGUUCGAAAAUUAGGUGAACGUGUUUUACCGGAAAUAAUUCCAAUUCUUGAAAAAGGUCUCGAUUCACCACACAGUGAUCAACGACAAGGUGUUUGUAUUGGACUUAGUGAAAUUAUGGCAGCAUGUAGUCGAGAUUAUAUCAUCGCAUUUUCAAAUACAAUAAUUCCAACAGUACGCCGUGCUUUACUUGAUCCACUAGUUGAAGUUCGUCAAUCAGCUGCUAAAACAUUCGAAAAUCUUCAUUCAAGUAUUGGUACACAAGCAUUAGAUGAUAUUUUACCAUAUUUAUUAAAUGUUAUGCAAAAGGAUACAAUUCCAACUACAACAAAUGGAGAAAAAACUCAACAAGAAGACGAAGAACAAGAACAAGAAGAAACCGAACGUGAUUAUGCUCUUGAUGCAUUACAACGUAUAAUGCAAUUAAAAUCUCGUGUUGUUUUACCAUAUCUUGUUCCACAUCUUAUUCAAUCACCGGUUGAUAUUAAAGCAUUAGCAAGUUUAACAUUAGUUGCUGGUGAUGCAUUAGCAAGACAUUUAAGUCGAAUUAUUCAAGCUGUUAUUACACAUAUUUCCGAAGAAAAAGAUCCUCAAGCUAAACAACAACAUAUGUAUUAUGCUGAACAAUUAUUAGCAGCUAUAAAUGAUCCUGAUGGUAUACAAGUUGUAAUACGUGAAACACAAGAAUUUUCACGUUCAUCAAAAGUUAAUAUUCGUUUAGUAACAAUUGAUUUAUUAUUAUCAUUUUGUAAACAAUCAAAAGGUGCAUAUCAAGAAUAUAUUGAUGAUCUUAUUCGUAUUGGUAUUAAUUUAUUUAAUGAUGAAAAUGAACAAAUACUUAAUACAGCAUGGGAUUGUGUCGAUGUUAUUAUUAAAGAUAUGGAUCAACUUGAAUUACAAAAACGUUUACCAAUUGUUCGACAAGCAUUACGUAUUGCACAAUCCAGUAGUCGAGAACGUGGCCGACUAGCUGGUUUAUGUAUACCGAAAAAGGGUAUUGGAUGUAUUUUACCGAUAUAUAAAGAAUGUAUUCUUAAUGGUCCUCCGGACUUACGUGAAUCUGGUGCGAAUGGUUUAAAUGAAGCAAUUAAUCUUUCGGAUGCUGAAGCUCUUAAAUCAUCAAUUAUGAAUGUAACAGGUCCAUUAAUUCGUGUAUUAGGUGAACGAUUUAGUACGGAUAUUAAAGUAGCUAUUCUUGAAACAUUAAGUACAUUUAUGGGAAAAGUUGGUGUACAAUUAAAACCAUUUUUACCUCAACUUCAACCAACACUUCUUAAAGGUCUCAAUGAUCCAGCACGUCAAGUUCGUGUUAAAGCUGGUAAUGCUUUAGGAUUACUAAGUCAAAUUCAUGUACGAAUUGAUCCAAUAUUUGUUGAACUUUUAAAUGGAUUAAAAAUGAACGAUGAUUCAUCAUUCAAAGAAACAUAUUUAUUAGCAUUAAAAAACUGUUUAACAGCAGUUGCUUCAAAAAUAUCUGGCGAUAUAAAAAAACAAACUGAACAAUCACUAAUCAGUUGUCAAUCAGAUGAAAGUGAUAUUGUUCGACAAUUAGCAUCGAAUUGCAAAGAAAUUUUAUUAUCAUCUAAUUAA